CCACCCCCACCCCUGCACGGGCUUUGGGUACCCAUGCGGGGGACGCCGGGCGGACUGCGGGGGGGCAUGUCUGGGCUCGGCCAGCCCCGCACAGCCCAGUCCCCCCUCUGCGAACUGUGCAAGUGGAGUCUCCCAGCCUGCGCCCCCUGGCUCUGGCAAACCAGCCUCAGUCCCACUGUUUGAGCAUUUCGCCCCGAGCCUCCGAGCGCGCUGGUUGCCGGCUGCCGCUCGGAGCUUGGUUACGCAAUUGCCGCUGCGGCUGCCGCGGCCAAAACCACCUCGGCGAGGAGCGAGUUUGCCGCGAGGGUCCAACCUUGGAAAGAGGCUUCCCUCACUGCUGGCCAAGAGCCAGAGAAGGUGUGCACGCAUCUCCUCGCCAAUACCCAACAAUGGGCAACUCCUGCUUCGGCCUCAAGGAACGACUGAUGAAGCGGCUGCGGCCUCUGCCUACCGUGAUCGUCAUUCGCACCUGCCUGCCCCAGAGAAGGAGCAGAGAUUUCCGCGUGGUGGUGCUCGGCUCCGCCGGCGUGGGCAAGAGCGCGCUGGUGCAGAGGUGGGUGCGCGGCAAUUUCCGUGAGGCGUACCUGCCGACUAUCGAAGAUACCUAUCGCCAGGUGCUGGGCUGCAGCCACAAGGUGGGCGCGCUGCACAUCACCGACACCACUGGCGGCCGCCGCUACCGGGGCCUGCAGCGCCUUGCCAUUGCCAGGGGUCACGCCUUCAUCCUGGUCUACUCCGUCACUAAGAAGCAAACCCUCGACGAGCUGAAGCCCUUCUAUGAGCUGAUCCGCCAACUCAAAGGUGACAACCCGCAAAAGUACCCGAUCGUGCUGGUGGGCAACAAGUGCGAUGAGAGCCGCCGGGAGGUGACCGAGAAAGAAGGCGCCGCCCGCGCGUCCGAGUGGAAUUGCGCCUUCCUGGAGACCUCCGCCAAGAUGAAUAUCAACGUGCACGAGCUGUUCCACCUGCUGCUGAACCACGAGAAGAAGCCCGCCCCCCAGGCUCCCCAGAAGAAAUCCCAGAUCCCGAAGACCGCCGAGAAGCUGCUGGGCAAGUGCAUCAUCAUGUGAGUCGCGAAUCCGAGAAGCCCGACGACCUUCUUCUCCCUCAGUGUGCCGACAACACGGACCAAUCCCAUCGUGAUGUGUCACCUGUACCUGACUGACUUUGUGCUGUGGUUUGGGUUGUAACAAUUAGGAGUCAAUAAAUGUCCCUUGUGAAUUAAUAGCUUUUCUUUUUCCCAGGCAAGAGAACUCAAAUUGUUAAAAUACUGACAUUGGAAGAGGAGAGGGAAAAGGAGCGCCGUGCAUUUAAAGGAAAAGACUUGGACAGACUUGAGAGAUUAAUGUUUGAAAAAAGAAUGCAAUAGCAAAAAGAAUUGAAAGAUGCCACUGCCCUUCUUGUAAUCCUAUUAUUGUGUAUUAUUCCUAAAUAUUUCAAGUCCUGUAAAUGUCUAAUCACAUCUUCCCAUUGUGUAUUUAAUUGUGAAGAAACAUGUUUUUUGCAACAAAAGCUUUGACAAAUGACUGUGAGACAGAGAUACUAAACAUGAUAAAUAAAGGAAUAUUCUAUAGCUGAACAUUGAGGGUGGGAGCAGAGAAAAUUGUGAAAGUGGAACUUGCUUACUAAAUAUAUGCCAGUUGUUUCCUAAGUCAUUUAAAAAUGUUUGAGUAUUCUAAAAAAAAUUAUAACAGUUCUGUGACUUAAUAAAGCUUUUCCUGCAUGCAA